AGUAUCAGGGUAUUAGCAGCACAAAUCUAGUGGGUGCUUGAAUCAACCAUGGCUUUGGUUCCCACCACUUAUCCCCAUCUCUGCUCUAACUCAUACCCACCAUCACCCAGAGCCAUCCAACCUCUCCUCUCCCCGAGCAUGCAUGUUGGGGUUCGAUUCCGCAACAAGUGCUGGCCUUUGUUCAGUGGGAAGGCCAAGGAGCUAAAGCCCUGUGUUUUGGUAGUCAAAGCAUCGGAGAGUGAGUCCCAAACCCAAACCACAAACCAGGAAGAGGAGGAGUAUGAAGUGGAGAUCGAGCAACCUUAUGGCCUCAAAUUCAGGAAAGGCAGAGACGGUGGCACUUACAUUGAUGCUAUUCUGCCCGGUGGAGCAGCUGACAAGGCUGGGGUUUUCACCGUUGGGGACAGAGUCCUUGCCACUAGUGCUGUGUUCGGAACAGAAAUAUGGCCUGCUGCCGAAUAUGGGAGGACAAUGUACACCAUCCGCCAGAGGAUUGGUCCAUUGCUUAUGAAAAUGCAGAAGAGAUACGGGCAAGUUGACGAAGGAGGUGAGUUAACAGAGAAGGAGAUCAUUAGAGCUGAGAGGAAUUCAGGAGUAAUCAGUAACAGAGUGAGGGAGAUCCAAAUGCAAAACUAUAUAAGGAAAAGGGGAAAACAAGGCAGAGAAAGGGAUCUCCGUGAAGGUUUGCAACUAUACAGGAGUGGAGAAUACGAGCAAGCUCUGGAGAAAUUCGAGUCUGUUCUGGGAUCAAAGCCAGAUCCUGAUGAAGCAGCCGUAGCAAGUUACAAUGUUGCUUGCUGUUAUUCAAAGCUUAACCAGAUUCAAGCUGGACUGUCAGCACUUGAAGAUGCGUUGGAGGCAGGAUUUGAAGACUUUAAGAGAAUCCGGACAGAUCCUGACCUGGCCAAUUUAAAAAAUUCAGAGCAGUUCGAGCCUUUGCUUAAAAGGUUCGAUGAAUCAUUUAUCAAUGAGAAUGCCAUCAAUGCCAUUAAAUCUUUAUUUGGCAUGAAAUAAACCCCUUCCUCAAUGGAUGUUGGCCUUAUAGAAUUUUGGGGUACAUGAGGCUUUCUUACAUAUUUUGUUAUUCAAAGAACGUGCUUAAAUGUAUCUCAACCAAAAGGCCCAAAACCUUAAUUCAUUCA